UUCGUGAAAAAACACGCACUGUUGUUAGAUUCAUACAAAACACAUCUUUUGUUUAAAAUUCCUAAAAAAUACAAUGUUAAUUUGAUAAUUUUCAAAAAUAUUUUUAUUAGUAACUUUUAGUUUUUACUUUCAAAGUGUCAAAAAAAGGCGGCAAAAGAUGACGUUUGAAAAAACUGCGUUCGUGUAUUUCGUAAUUUUCGUUUUAUCGCUUUCUCAUAUUUCGGCUUGGACAAUCGAUUUGCCUGAAGUUAGAAAAAUUUUGUUUGAAAGAAACGAGAAACAUAAAGAUUAUAAGAAAAAUGACUAUGAUGAUUUUCUAAGAGAAGAUCAAAAGUUUUAUAGUAAUAUCGAAGGUAAUAGCAAGCACCAUGCUGAGGAUUAUGAACACGUUCAUCAUUCUUACGAUAAAGAGAAUUACGCUGAAGAAUACGGAUAUCAUACUUAUAUGGAGAAGAAAGUUCACGCUGUAGUUCGAGACGGCAGCUAUUAUUUGGAAGGUCUUCGAAGGUCUUUGGAGGACUACAACGAAUUGCUGGAGAGUUGUAACCGACGGAAUGGUAGCGUGCAGAGCUCAUCAUCAACGAACUCAACAUGGAGUCCAGCGUACGAUCCUCCGAAUAACAGCUCUCCACCAUCAGGAUCUGAACCUCCCGUACUCAAUUUCCGAAACUAUGACAAUUCUCCCGUCCCUUUGAAGCCUAACUCCUCAGAUUCCAGUAGCCUCGGCAUCAGACCAGGUCGGAGGAACAUGUCUUGCGAUGAGGCUACGGAAUCCAGUGAGCAAAUUAGGCGGUUUGCUGAUCUAGCGCUUUGGGCUACUGGGAGACUCCAGGAUUUGGCUUAUGCGAAGAAGUAUCAGAAAACAGAUGAACAAGAAGAGAACGAGCUGAUACUGAAGCUGGCCUGGUUCCUGGACCGGCUGGCCUAUCUCAGCGGGUACGAGCCUGACUUCAAGAAGCAUUACUACGAGUCUAGGACUACUAAAAGUACUCCGACCCUACCACCGAUACCUCCGACCCUGGUGCCAUCAUCAGACGACCUCAACAAGGAGAUGAUGGACUGCCUCCGGCGCAAGUCUUCAGAACCAGCAACUGUACGCUGCCGGUAUCCCAUGGAGAUACCUGAUAUGAUGCAGCAGAUUAUCAAUCAAGGUACGUGUACAACUCCAGCGCCCCCAAGCUCCGAUGCAGUCGUCCCAAUGAGUGGAACACCAGACAACGUGGCAGGACCUUCAGAGAUCCUCAUCGCAGCGGACUCUUCAGUCCCGCUUCCUCAACGAUCAAUUUCUAAGAGAUCAACUGAAUAUACCUAUUAUUUUCCGACUAAACCUCUACAUGAAGUUACUUACCCGGUUCCAAUCGUCAAAUUGAUCAAACAUCGGUUGUCAAAUAUUAAAUCGGUUGUCAAAAACAUAGUAGAAAGAAGAUUGGCCCAUUUAGCUGAAAAGAAAGAAGAAAAACAACAUUUUGAGAAGCACUUCGACAAAAGAUCAAUUGAUGAUAAAGUUGAAAUGUCCAAUUCGAUCAAUCCUUUGUCAGUUCUACCUAAACCUGUUGUGAAAUCUGUUGAAAAGAGGCCCCUAGAUGCGUCUUUGCUUCUACAUUAUCCUGUGUCUGAUGUUUCUGUGAUAAACACAAAGUCUUUCAAAAAACGGUCAAUUGAUGAUCACAGUAUGACGUCAAAUCAUAUAAAUCAAAAGUCAAAUUGGAAAUCGUUUGACAAGUACGUCAAAAAGGGACCGUUAUUCAGGAAAAAGUUUGAGAAUCUUUUGCCGUCUAUCAAAAUGACGAAAAAAUUGACAAAAUACCAAAGUUCUAAAAUAAAAUCGAUUAACAAACGAUUUACAGAAGAUCCAUUCUCGAAAUUAGCGAAUUACUACAUCAAAUACAAAGUUUGGGACAAUUCAAAUCUUAAAAUCUCGAAAAACUACGACGAAAAAAAGCCCGCCAAUUUUGACGUCAAAAACCACUUGACAGUUCCGAAGACCGUUCAAAAACGUUCGCUAUUCAAUAAAAAGGUAGUUCACAUGCACAUACCGAAGCCUUUACAAAUCGUACACACAUAUGUUCACUCUUUAGGAAAAGUUCACACAAAACCUACACUUUUAACUCAUUUACAAAAACUACACGCAAUUAGGCAUAAAAAGCAUGAUAAACUGCAUAAAAUUAUUAAAAGAUCUUUGAAAUAUGAGCAUAUGUAUUUGCCGCGAAUACCAAUGGACCCACAAGGAGAUAUUAGUUACUAUGUUAAGAAUAAAGAAGGGACGAACUUCAACCCAGACCCGGUGCAAGCCGCUCAAGUUAGACUAGGUCUGGAGCAAGUUUUUCAAACUGGCAACAUUGAAGUUGUUAGAAGAUUUGGCGCGAAUUACAAUCCUCUAAAUCCUGCUCCAUUUUAUUCUGGCGUUAUAGCCACUAUGACAGAUGCUUAGUUUUUUUAGCCUUUUUCACAUGUAAUAAUAUUUUUUUUACUUCAUAA